CUGCUCAUGAGCAGACCGAGAUCGUAGUCUCUAGCCGACGCUGUUAUUAGUGGGUCAACUCACAUUCCAGUCAAGGAGGAAGAAGACAAAUUCAAACAGAUCAACGGUUCCCACCUCAUCAAUCUCAACCGACACGGUCACCAGAUCAAAACAAGGAUAUGCUGAAGAAGUUGGGGAGGAAGCUGAGCAGGGUGUCGACCCUUAUAAUAACCCAAACCCUCAAGAAGAGAAGGCCAUCAAGACCUCCUCCUCUUCCCUCUCAAGGUCAAUUUCCUCCUCCUCCUCUUCCUCCUCCCACAAUGCCCUUCCACCGUCACCACCAUCACGACCACUCCACCACCGCCCCCUUCCUCUUCCCCCAGGCCCAGUCCACUGUCCUCCCUGAUCCCUCCACCUUCUUCUCCCCUUCACUUCUUUCCUCUCCCCUUCCCACCAAUUCCUUCUUCCAGAACUUCACCCUUAAGAAUGGCGACCAGCCUGAGUACAUCCACCCAUACCUCGUCAAAGCCUCCUCCUCCUCUCUCACCUUCUGCUACCCAUCCCGCUUCCACACCCCCGCCUACAUCUACCAGUCCUUCACCCCCGACCUCACCAUCUCCUCCUCCGACUCCUCCGGUCGGCACGUUGUCUCGUCCUUCGACGACCUCAGCGUCACCGUUGACCUUCCCCCUGCCCUCCGCUUCUUCCUCGUCCGCGGCAGUCCAUUCAUCACCUGCGCCACCCUAGGCGGAUCCGCCGCCCCCUUCUCGAUCUCCUCGGUCAACGCCUUCAUCGACGUGUCCGCCAACGCCGCCCGCACCAAGCACACGCUCCGGCUCAACAGCGGGCAGACCUUCCUCUGCUACUCUUCGUCGCCGCUGCAGCUGUCACAGCAAGGCAACUCGCUGCUCACGACGCCGGACUUCGCGGGCGUCGUCCGGGUCGCCUUCCUUCCGGACCCGGGACUCGAGGCCGUCCUCGACCAGUUCAGCGCCUGCUACCCGGUGUCCGGGGAGGCCUCCUUCGACCGGCCGUUCUGCGUGGAGUACAAGUGGGAGAAGAAGGGGUGGGGCGACCUGCUCCUCCUCGCCCACCCUCUUCACCUCCGUCUCCUCUCUUCCGAUGGCAGCCGCGUCUCCGUGCUGAAGGAUUUCAAGUACAACAGCAUCGAUGGUGAGCUCGUCGGGGUCGUGGGCGAUUCGUGGUUGUUGAAGACGGAGACGGUUCCGAUCACCUGGCAUUCGACAAAAGGCACCAACGAGGACGGUUACGCGGAGAUCAUGUCCGCCCUUUCCAAGGACGUCAACGGCUUGACUUCUGCUCCGAUCACGACCACUUCGUCCUACUUCUACGGGAAGGCCAUCGCUCGAGCUGCUCGGUUGGCUUUGAUUGCGGAGGAAGUCGGAUUUCCCGAUGUCAUCCCCAUCGUGCAGCAGUUCUUGAAGGAUUCAAUCACUCCGUGGUUGGAUGGGAGCUUCAAUGGAAAUGGCUUCUUGUAUGAUCCGAAAUGGGGUGGCAUGGUCACGAAGCAGGGAUCAACCGACUCUGGUGCAGAUUUUGGGUUCGGGAUCUUCAACGAUCAUCAUUACCAUCUAGGUUACUUCCUCUAUGCGAUCGCUGUGCUUGCCAAGUUUGACCCAGCAUGGGCGAGGAUGUACAGGCCGCAGGCUUACUCCAUGAUGGCUGAUUUCAUGACAUUGUCUCGCAAGCAACAAGCCAAAUAUACCCGAUUGAGAUGCUUCGAUGUCUGGAAGCUGCAUUCUUGGGCAGGAGGACUGACAGAGUUUGCGGAUGGGCGGAAUCAAGAGAGUACCAGCGAAGCCGUGAAUGCUUAUUAUUCAGCAGCUCUAAUGGGAUUAAGCUAUGGGGACACUCACCUUGUGUCGAUCGGUUCGACACUUGCGGCAUUUGAGAUUCAGGCUGCGGAGACAUGGUGGCAUGUUAAGGAGGGAGAAGGAUUGUAUGAGGAUGACUUCACCAGGGACAACAGAGUGGUAGGAGUCUUGUGGGCUAACAAGAGAGACAGUGGCCUGUGGUUUGCUCCUGCUGAAUGGAAAGAAUGCCGGCUUGGAAUUCAGGUUUUGCCACUAUUGCCCAUAACUGAGGUUCUGUUCCGUGAUGUUGGAUUUGUCCAGGAGCUGGUGAAGUGGACCUUACCUGCUUUGUCAAGGGAAGGGGUUGCGGAAGGAUGGAAGGGGUUUGUUUAUGCAAUGGAAGGAGUGUAUGAUAAAGAGACAGCUUUGGAGAAAACAAGAGGAUUAAAUGGGUAUGAUGAUGGUAACUCACUUUCUAAUUUGCUCUGGUGGCUUCAUAGUAGAGGUGAUAGUGGGGAAGGGAGCUUGGGUUGGGUAAGAAAUGGCUGGUUUGGUCACUACUGUCACUGAAGAGAGCUGAUGUACGUGAUACAUCACACUGCAGCUGUUGUUUUAGAUGUUAAAGGAUUCCACAGGUGUGUUUAUAGUCAUCAAAUAACUUUGAGGAGAUUGAUAGCAAGCCAAUAAGAAAAUGAAUGUCACAAGCUUAUGAUACUACCACUGCCAGAGGGCAUAUGAUUGUUGAAAUUUAAACAUAAAUAUUGUUUAGCGUUGAUACUGGAAGAGACCAGCAGCAGUUGAUUUGUUGUUUGCUUGAUAUGAGAAAUAAAGUUUGAUUUGAGGAUAUGAAGGUAGAUUUAUUGAUUUGUUUUCUAUGUGAGAUUAUUGUUAUAGGAAACCAUUGUUUGUGUUAUGAUAAUAAAAUUUUUAUGUGUUGACUUGUGUA